AUUCUCGAUCCAUUCCCCACCCAUCCAUCUGAAGGCGAGGGUUAUCUCGUACCUCCCCCGCAGGCCGCAUCCGAGCGCAAACAAAACUCCUCUCCGCGCCGGCCCUCCACCGGCGACCGCGCGCCCAUGGCUGCCUUACUCCGCACGGCCGCGGCCCUCGCGCCCCCGCCCUCGUCGCCGCUGCCCGCACGGGAGCCGCGUGGGCGGUGCCUGCGGCUCGCCUGCUCCCGGCGCGCGCCCGCCCGACCGCUCCGGGCGUGGCUGCUGCCGACUCCGCACGUCUUCUGUCGCGACGGGGCCCGGUUCCGGCGCCUGGCCGCCACCGAGGCCGACGAGGCUGCGCAGACGGCGACGCAGGUGAGGGAGGAUUCAGAAACCGAAGUUACUGGAGAUAGUGCUGCAGAUGAUGGUGCUGGAAGCACAGAUGAAACUCCAUCUAUUAUUGUGACAACACUGCAGUCAUACAGAGAAGCUCUGAUUAAUGAUGAUGAAGCAAAAGCUGCUGAGAUAGAGUCCUUUUUACUUUCUAUCGAGGAUGAGAAGAACUCUCUUCUGAACAAAAUCACUGCUCUAAAUGCCGAACUAGCAACUCAACGAGAGCGUAUCUUGAGGAUCAGUGCUGAUUUUGACAAUUUCAGGAAAAGGACAGAAAAUGAGAAGCUUAACAUGAUGGAAAAUGUGCAAGGGGAACUUAUAGAGAGCUUUUUGCCUGUUCUCGACAACUUUGAAAGAGCAAAAAUGCAAAUAAAGGUGGAAACAGAGGGAGAGGAGAAAAUAAAUAAUAGCUACCAGAGCAUUUAUAAGCAAUUUAUUGAGAUUCUGAAUUCACUGGGCGUUGAAGAUGUCGAAACUGUUGGCAAACCAUUUGAUCCUAUGCUUCAUGAGGCUAUUAUGAGAGAAGAUUCAUCGGAGUACGAAGAGGGGAUCAUUCUCCAGGAAUUUCGAAAAGGUUUCAAACUCGGGGAAAGAUUACUCCGCCCAGCAAUGGUUAAGGUAUCUGCAGGACCAGGCCCUGAAGUGUCUGCAGGACCAGGCCCUGAAGUGUCUAGAGAUGAUGACCCUACAGUUGUGGAAGACAGUGUGGCACCUCAAAAAAUUGAAGAUGUUGAAGACGACGGUGUUGAUGGCGAUGCAGAAUAGGUGGAUGGAGCUUAAUCUGUGAAUCAACAAGAACAGGUCCAGAAAUUUUGAUGCUUUUCUGGAGCGUGCCAAGCAGGUAAUAGGAUAGUACCAAUCCGUUCAAGGUAGAGUUAGGUCCCCAGAUGUGCUGUUCUUCCCUGCUGCUGACAUGGGGUGUUGGUGUUGGUAUUGCGACAAAAUUUGUGUUCCUACCCGCCGUGGUCGACUUUUUGUUCUUACAAAGAGGAUUUUCAUGAUUCAUUGAUGCAACAUGAUAUUGUAAGGACUAAAUUGACUCUGAUUUGCGAUUGAUCCUCUCUGAAUUCC